AUGGCCAAUGAGACUGCGUUUUUCGGGACCCCUUCUCCUUCUACAGCGAUCUACCAGGCGCUGCUGUUCGCUCUCCAGCAGCUGCCGGUAGAGAAGAAGCCGUCUUCUGUUCUGUUCUGGGUUUGGGCGACCUUAUGCACCCUCCUCGCCACCAUCGUUUUCUUUCUGCUCGCCCUGCUGUGGGGGACUGCGGCCACCAACUAUGUGGGAGUCAGGAAGAUCCUGUGCUUCGCCUGUGCCCACUACUCGUGGCUCUGCCUCUUACCAUAUCUGUUUCUAACCAAGAAUAGUUACCGGCGCAUUCCCGGGCCCGCCGCCGCGGCCACGGCCUCCUCCUCUGCCACCACUGCGGCCUCCUCUGCCACCAUCGCGGCCUCCUCUGCCACCGCAACUGCCACGUCCGCCACUGCUACUGCUGCUUCCGCUGCCACCGCAGCCUGCUCCUUUGGUCCCCCGAUCGUAGCGCAGAGUUCGGGGACGCCGAGCAUUGCACAGCAGAGCGGCGCCGGAGAUGGCGGAAGUCUCCGCAAAAGUGUGUCUGCGUCGAGUUAUAGUCGCCCGACUGGUUCCUCUGUGACGAGCAGUGUCCAGAGGGACCAACGGAUGGAGGAGGGACGAAACUAG